AAGGCCUCCUGAAGACGUUACUGACACUCAGAAGGCCUCUGAAGACGUUACUGACACUCAGAAGGCCUCUGAAGACAUUACUGACACUCAGAAGGCCUCUGAAGACAUUACUGACACUCAGAAGCCUCCUGAAGACGUUACUGACACUCAGAAGACGUUACUGACACUCAGAAGGUCUCCUGAAGACGCUACUGACACUCAGAAGCCUCCUGGAGACGUUACUGACACUCAGAAGCCUCCUGAAGACGUUACUGACACUCAGAAGCCUCCUGAAGACGUUACUGACACUCAGAAGCCUCCUGAAGAUGCUACUGACACUCAGAAGCCUCCUGGAGACGUUACUGACACUCAGAAGCCUCCUGAAGACGUUACAGACACUCAGAAGCCUCCUGGAGACGUUACUGACACUCAAAAGCCUCCUGAAGACGUUACUGACACUCAGAAGCCUCCUGGAGACGUUACUGACACUCAGAAGCCUCCUGAAGACGUUACUGACACUCAGAAGGCCUCCUGA